UGUCUAUCGCUUGCUCGGCGGCCGGCUGCUCUCGCCUCUUUGCGGCAGUGUUUCUGGGAAUGCAAGACAGACGGACGUGUCGGGCAGGGCGAGAGAGGCUGCCAAAAUCAACAAAUUAAUAAACCGAUCGCUUGAUAUCUAUGCGUGUUCGCGCAUGCACCUUGCAUUGCAGAGAUGGAAUCUCAGUGCGAAUACUUCAUGCAUUUCCCGGCCGUGCCCAUUUCAGAGCUGUCGGACCCGGCCCGGUACCGUUCCCUCCCCCGGCGGAGUCACCUGUACCUGGGGGAGACAGUGCGCUUCUUACUGGUGCUGCGGUGCCGGGACCGGGGCGGCGGCAACUCGCACAGCAGCCGGGCUUGGAGGGAGCUAGCCGGCUCUUUGUCCGCCGUGGCCAGCGUCAGCCCCGGCGGGAGCGGCCAGCAGGGCGGCGGGGACGAGACUGGGCUGGAGGCCGAGGAAGAGCAACCGACCCCCGGCCGAGGAGACGGGAAGACCCGCGGCUUCCGGGAGUGCAAGCCGCUGCUCAUUCACAACAGCAACGGGAGCAGCGGCAAGGAGCCCCGGAAGGCGCCGGUGCAGUCUCCUCUCGACGAGCCGGUGGUCCUGAGCGAUGAGGUCAUCUUCCCCCUGACUGUUUCACUGGACAAGCUGCCUGUCAGCACCCUGAAGGUCAAGUUGACCCCUCCGGCAGUCAGCACGACCCUGACCGUGCUACCCCCGCCCACCGUCAAGUGUCAGCAGCUCACCGUGUCGGGAAAAUACCUGACCGUGCUGAAAGAAAGUCUGCUUCCUGCUUGCAGCCACCAGUCGGGAGACGUCGCCAUGGCGUCCUUCUACAAGAUUGACAGCGUUUCCAGUCGCCUUCCCAGCAUGCUCAGCGCCCUGGAGGAGCACAACUUCCUGUUUCAGCUGCAGGUCAACGAGAGGCCGCAGGAAGACGCCAAAGAGGGGCUGGAGGUCCCCCUGGUUGCUGUGAUCCAGUGGUCAACUCCCAAACUGCCCUUCCCGAGCUGCAUCUACACACAUUACAGGCUGCCCAGUAUCGGGGUGUCCCGCCCUCGCUUCGUGAUGAUGGCGUCCUGCGAGUCUCCCGUGUCAGUCAGGCAGCGCUUCCUGGUCCGAUACACUCUGCUCAACAAUCUGCAGGACUUCCUCGCAGUGAGGCUGGUGUGGACCCCCGAGAACGCCGUCGCGGGGAAGCUCCUGUCCCGGGAGGAGUCCGCCCCCUCGGAGGCGGGGCUCAGCGCUGUGGUGUGCCACACCCCCCUCAGCAGCCUGGGAUCCUGCCGAAAGGGGAGCAGCCUGGCCUUCAGCGUGAGCUUUGAGAUACUGCAAGCUGGGCUCUACGAGCUCAGUCAGCACAUGAAGCUGAAGCUGCAGUUCACGGCCUCCGUGUCUAACCCCCCCCCUGAGGCGCGCCCCCUGUCCCGGAGGAGCAGCCCGGGCAGCCCUGCGGUGCGGGACCUGCUGGAGAGACGGGAGGCGAGUCUGGGACGGUCCCAGUCCUUCAGCCACCAGCAGCCCUCGCGCUCCCACCUCACCAGGACGGGCAGCGUGAUGGAGCGCAGAGCCAUCACCCCCCCGGUCUCCUCUCCCAUUGGCCGGCCGCUGUACCAGCCGCAGGAGAAAGCCGUGCUCUCAUUGGACAAGAUUGCCAAGCGCGAGUGCAAGGUGCUGGUGGUGGAGCCUGUCAAGUGACAAUACCUCCUCCCUGGCGCAGACCUGUCAAGUAUUGUUUGGAGGAGGGGAGAGGGGAGGGGGGAGGGUGACAUAGCAUCACUUUGCAUACAAAUUUUAAACUGCUUUCCUAGAAACAAGGGGUUACUCAAAACUGACCUCCCCUUUUAAGAGUCUUAAAGGAUAUGGAGCUACAGUUCACAUCCCCUUUAAAACACAUUUUUAAAAGUCUUAAAAGGGAUUAUUUUUUACCCACUAACAAAAAAAAAAACAACAACAGGGGUCAGAGUUACUUGAAUUGAUCUGCUAAUGUGAAUAGAGAUUGUACGCAGCGAUGGGAGGGAGACUGUAGAGAGAUUGCACACAGCGCUGUGAGACUGUAGAGAGAUUGUACGCAGCGAUGGGAGGGAGACUGUAGAGAGAUUGUACGCAGCGAUGGGAGACUGUAGAGAGAUUGUACGCAGCGAUGGGAGGGAGACUGUAGAGAGAUUGUACGCAGCGAUGGGAGACUGUAGAGAGAUUGUACGCAGCGAUGGGAGACUGUAGAGAGAUUGCACACAGCACUGUGAGACUGUAGAGAUUGCACACAGCGCUGUGAGACUAGAGAGAUUGCACACAGCGAUGGGAGGGAGGCUGUAGAGAGAUUGUACGCAGCGCUGUGAGACUGUAGAGAGAUUGUACGCAUCGCUGGGAGGGAGGCUGUAGAGAGAUUGUACGCAGCGCUGGGAGGGAGGCUGUGGUGGGGUGCAUGGAAGGAGUCUCUGUAUGGGAUGGGGGGUGCAGCAGGGUGUACCCCCUUUAGUCACAACGAGAAGCUACUGCUCAAGGGGCACAGGGAGCUUCUUUCAAUGUUUGUUGUGGAAUUUGUUUUUACUGGGGAACACUGGAACUGUGUUUUAUGUACUGUAUAUAAAAAUUUUGUGUGUGUGAAAAUGCCAGUAAUGAUCUCGCAGGACGGGGUUCCAGUUGAGACUGGAUGUUGCCAAACCCAGUCCAGCGUGGGACAGGCCGGUACUGGGAACACUGGGAGAGCAGCAGAGACACUGCUCUGUUCAUGGGGGGGAUGCGGGGGACGACGCUGUGGGCGUGUUACGAGCUCCUUUUCAUAUUUCAUUCCUUUCCUUGUGGGCCGUGUCGACAGCUGCUUUCUUCGUGUUGAGAGCAGUCGUCGCCCCAGCCAGCCAGCCAGCCAGAUCGCCCGAACACAGGGAGGCCAUCUCACUGUUUGUAAAAUGCAUGCCGUUGUGUUUUUAACGAUCGUCGUCUGUGUCUCAAGCACUUUAUUUAAAUUCUAAUUUAUUUAAAAACAAAAUGUUUUUAGAGCUGUUUUAUUGUGUUUAAAAUGCUGUUGUUUGUGUGUUGUGAAAGACACUGGAAAUAUUGCUCAAGGAGAUCUCCUGUGUGUGCAGCUGUGCUUGUUAAACUGUUACUGACUGGUUUAAUAAAUCUGAUUGGCUGACAGGUCAGUGCCUGACCAAUGAUGA